AUGGAAGAAGAAAUUUUUAUAACGGACACGGAAGGUCUGUACCCGGUGCUGCUCAUACCCAAAAAGUGUACCACUCUCGAGACUAACUGCGAGGCUACUGAUAACGUAUUUAUUGAUGUUAAUAUAACAUCACCAGACACCGAAGGGAACGACAUGUGUAUAUAUAAUGGCUUUUGUAACGUUAAGCUUAUUGACAACUACGACGUGAACCUCAACGAGGCUGAUACCAACAGUCAGUCCUCCGAUAACAAUGAUAAUAGCACCGCUGUCGCGGUGACUGAAGCUGCUAACCAAACCUAUCCCCCGUACAGUCAGUCUCAAGUGUGGAUAGACCCCACCAGGAGUCCAUAUGUAUACAACAGUUAUGAUACAGUAGAAUCACAGGAGCGCUUCUCGGUCUACCAUCAAUCACACUCCAGCCACAUAACAGUUGAACAACACAACACAUACAUAACACAAAAUGUAUUCAAUUAUAAAGAGUCAAUCCAAUAUUCACCGGUGGAUGAUACUGAAAACAAAAAGUUAAAAAAAAUUCAGUCAACUGAUCCCGGUCAACCACCAAUAGAUCAAAAUCUGUAUGAAAAUGAUGAAUUUGAAUGCGGAGUGUUUCUGUCUCAAUUACCCGAGGAGAUAAUGCAGGAGAAGGAAAAUAAGGCCAGAGAGGAGUUAAAAUAUAUUGGGAUACAAAGUGAGAACGACGCAUUGAAACAGCUGAUGUCAUCUGAUAUUCAGUCAUUGUCUAAACAGCAGAAAACAAUACUGUACUUAGGCCAUGACUCACACUAUGGUCAAACAAUACAGAAAAUUGCAGUCAAUGAUCCUUCCUUAGAAUGCGUUGAUAGCGGGAAAGAUAAUGAAGUUGUCCGUGAGUAUAAUUAUUUUUCCAGUCAGACAAACCAUAAGAAAUAUCAAUGCGACAAAUGCAAGCAGAUAUUUGACCAAAUAACAGCAUUCAAGCAACACAUGGUUGGUAGUCACAAAAGUCCAAAGAUCCCCAUUUUAGGCACGGAUGGAGUAAGUGAAGUUAAAUUCAUGUGCACGGAUUGUGGUAAAAUGCUUAAAAGCCAGAAAAAAUUCGAACUUCAUUGCUUAGGCCACGGGGAUCCAGAUUUAGAAUGUAAUAAGUGCCACAAAGUUUUUGCAUCAAAAUUCACCCUGAGGAACCACCGUAAGAUACAUCAACGGAAGCAUCAAUCGUCAAAAUUUUCCGAAUUGGAACUUCAUAAGUUGUGUCAUAAGGAACGUCAUAUUAAAGGAACUAGUAAUAUGGAAUUCACUUUAUCUCUUGAUGAUGAUUUGAUGAGCGAGAGUGAUACUCUAACUCCACCGCCUGAUGACUGUAUCUUAAACUCUGGUAAUGAUGAAUUGUCUAAAAUGGAUGAAAUACAAAGAGCAGAUUCGGUCAUAGCCAAGGUCAUGUCAAAUAAGAUUUUUCUUCUUCAUUCAAAGAAAGCACGACGACACAAAAGAUAUAAAAAGACAUGUGACGUUUGCCUAAAGACAUUCGACCGUGUCGGCGACUUGAAGCGACACCUAAUUGAACACGUAAUAAGGAGCACUCUGGCUAAAACACCCGUCAACAAAAACGGCACCCUCAACAUACAAUGCGAGGUCUGUCAAGCGGAAACGUUCACAAAGGUAGAUAGAUAUAAGGCCCAUUUACGCGAACACGCAAAACUCACCUUAUACAAAUGCACAUUUUGCGAUAAGUCCUUCAGCGAUUCCAGUAACUUUUCAAAACACAAGAAGAUCCACGGCACCACAUUCUUCCAGUGCGAUCUCUGCCAGAGAAAAUUCAACUCUAAGAAGAUGAUAACACAGCACAUGGAGUACCACAACAACAAUUCACCGAUACCUUGCUUCUAUUGCGAUAAGGAGUUUCAUUUUCCAUCGAUGCUCAAUAAACACAUCAAAUGUGCUCAUACGAGAGAAAUGUCCCGCUUCAGAUGUAGGUUCUGUCACGAUUACUUCAAAACUUUGAAGGAGAAAUGGGAUCACGAAUGGAAGAUACAUAACGUCCGUAAGAUGAUCGUUGAUUGUCUCAUUUGCGGUUCGAAAUUUCGGAAAUAUUCGGAAUUGAAGCGGCACUGUAAUGACGUUCAUGAUAUGGAGAUUCCACCCGCUAAAAAGUUAUUAAAGAAAAGAAGAUCCCUUUAA